AUGCCUCCCUGGCUGGAAAGUUUGCAGCCUCAGUGGCUAAUAACUGCCCCAGGAAGAGGAUUAGGAUUUAGGCAACUAUUGGAGGUAAUGGAGGAUUGGAGGCUUGGAGGCUGGACUACUGGAGGCUUGGAGGCUGGAUCUGUGCUGCUGACCUGCUUUGAUAAUGCUUCUAGCAAUGAUACUGCCAUAGGGUUUUUAAAAAAGAAAAUGCUGUCUUGGGGUUCUACUGCAGUAAGGUGUAAGUAUUUGCAUAUGCGAUGCAUUGCUCACAUCCUUAAUCUGGUUGUGCAAGAUGGAUUAAAGGAAUCUGAUGAUUCUGUUAAGAAGGUAAGGGACUCUGUUAGGUAUAUGAGAAGCUCUCCUGCUAGGCUCCAAAAAUUUAGAGAGCUUGCUGACUUAAUUGGGGUGGAAGCCAAAAACUCUUUGGUUCUUGAUGUACCUACAAGGUGGAAUUCCACAUAUUUGAUGCUGCAUACUGCUUUGCUGUAUCAAAAGGUUUUUGAAGUGUAUGAAGAUCAUGACACUUCCUUCAAAUCUGAUUUGGGUGGGAAUGUUCCUAAUUUCUUAGAUUGGGAGGUAGUAGAAGGGUUGGUGAAAUUUCUGAAAUCAUUUUAUGAAAUGACUGUUAGGAUAUCUGGUUCUUUGUAUGUAACUUCUAACACUUUCUUCUCUGAAGUGUCUGAUUUAUCUUGCAUACUUACUGGUCUGGUGGGAGCUGAAUCUGAUUCUGUUAAAGCAAUGGGGAUGAAUAUGAGGACCAAGUUUGAUAAAUACUAG